GCAGCCUGGAAGUCACUCGGGCCACCGGAGCUGGCGGCGUCUCCGGCGAGCGGCGCGGGGCCGGACGCCGCGGUCGUGGGGCCCGCGGGGCGGGCAGCCGGGACGCUCAGAUGCACAGUUUUUGACAUCAGCUCUCCUGGGACCCUCAAGGAGUACUAGUGUCCAGAACGUACUUAGGCAUGGCAGGGAGGACAACCUUGCUGCUUGCCAGCCCCUGCCCACAUCUGCUGCUUGCUUUGCCCUGCUGAGUCUCUCAGUCUGGAGCCCGAGGGACAGCGCCUGCCUCCUGAGGUUGUCUGGGCUCAACUGUCCACAGCAAUGGUGGAGAACUGGACUCCACAGGCUCACAACCUUCCUGUCAGGUUUCAGGGGCCAGUGUCCUUCAUCCUGGGACUGGCAGCCCUGAACAAUGGCUGAGGGCCAGGAGACCCCAUAGAGUGACACGACAGCUUACAGAGUCCAGUAGCACUCCAGUGCCCAUGGACUAUGACCACUUAUCGGCCCAUUCCCAAUGAUGGUGUGGACCUGGCAGCCAGCUGUGGGGCCAGGGGGGCCGACGUCCUCCCUGGGCCGCACUCAGGGGACUACGCUCCCAUGGGAUUCUGGGCCCAGAAUGGCAGCAUGUCCCAGCCUCUUGGUGAGAGCCCAGCCACUGCCACGACUCGCCCCAGCCCCACUACUCCUGCAAUGCCUAAGAUGGGUGUGCGGGCAAGAGUGGCUGACUGGCCACCCAAGCGGGAGGCUCUGAGAGAGCAGAACAACCCAAGCCCCUCACAGGACGCAAAUGGCACAAAGGCCACCAAGGUAGCCCAUUCCAUGAGAAGCAUACAAAAUGGACAGCCCCCCUCCAGCACCUUGGCUUCCUCAGGGUCCAAAGCCUUCCACCGACUCUCCAGGAGAAGGUCCAAAGAUGUGGAAUUCCAGGACGGCUGGCCUCGGUCCCCUGGCAGGGCCUUCCUCCCCCUGCGGCACCGCAGCAGCAGUGAGAUCACUCUCAGUGAGUGUGACAUCGAGGACACAGGGGAGCCACGGGGGGCCCGGCACACAGGGGCAUUGCCCCUCUUCCGCGAGUACGGGAGCACGUCCUCCAUCGAUGUGCAGGGUGUGCCAGAGCAGAGCUUCUUUGACAUUCUCAAUGAGUUCCGCAGUGAGCAGCCCGAGGCCCGGGGGUCCCAGAACCUCACCGAGUUCCUCCAGGCAGAUCCUGGACCGCACCUCACAGGGGGUGGCUGUGGACCUAAGGGGGACCUCCGCAAUGGGCAGCCCUCAAAGGACAAUCUCCUGCCACUGCAGCCUAUGAAGGAGAAAGAGAAGGUCCGAAAGAAACCCGUGCGGGGCCUGGGCGGUGGGGACACAGUGGACUCAUCUAUCUUCCGGAAGCUGAGGAGCAGUAAAGCAGAGGGUGAGGCUGGGCGGUCCCCAGGGGAGGCUGAAGAGGGUCGGAGCCCCCCAGAAGCCAGCAGACCAUGGGUCUGCCAGAAGAGCUUCGCCCAUUUUGACGUGCAGAGCAUGCUGUUCGACCUCAACGAGGCGGCCGCCAACAGGGUGUGCGUGGCGCAGCGGCGGAAUACCACCACGGGUGCCUCGGCCGCCUCGGCCACGGCGUCCCUCACGGUGUCACGGGCCCAUAACCUGGGGGGGCUGGACCCAGCCUUCACCAGCACAGAGGAUUUGAAUUGCAAGGAGAACCUAGAGCAGGACCUUGGUGAUGACAACAGCAAUGACCUGCUGCUCAGCUGCCCGCACUUCCGCAACGAGAUCGGAGGCGAGUGCGAGCGCAACGUGAGCUUCUCGCGGGCUUCCGUGGGCUCCCCGAGUGGUGGUGAGGGCCACCUGGCAGAGCCCACCCUGAGUGCUUACCGCACCAAUGCCAGCAUCUCGGUGCUGGAGGUGCCCAAGGAGCAGCAGAGGACACAGAGCCGGCCCCGGCACUACAGCAUCGAGCACGUGGACCUGGGGGCCCGCUACUACCAAGACUACUUCGUAGGCAAAGAGCACGCCAAUUACUUUGGCGUGGAUGAGAAACUAGGGCCAGUGGCUGUGAGCAUCAAGCGGGAGAAGCUGGAAGACCACAAGGACCACGGACCUCAGUACCAGUACAGGAUCAUCUUCCGGACCCGUGAGCUCAUCACCCUGCGGGGCUCCAUCCUGGAAGAUGCCACCCCCACAGCCACGAAGCAUGGCACUGGGCGGGGCCUACCCCUGAAGGACGCCCUGGAAUAUGUCAUCCCCGAACUCAAUAUCCACUGCCUGCGGCUGGCUCUCAACACUCCCAAGGUGACGGAGCAGCUGCUGAAGCUUGAUGAGCAAGGGCUCUGCCGGAAACACAAGGUGGGCAUCCUCUACUGCAAGGCUGGCCAGAGCUCUGAGGAGGAGAUGUACAACAACGAGGAGGCGGGCCCGGCCUUUGAGGAGUUCCUGUCCCUCAUUGGCGAGAAGGUCUGCCUGAAGGGCUUUACCAAGUACGCCGCUCAGCUGGAUGUCAAGACUGACUCCACGGGAACCCACUCCCUCUACACGACAUACCAGGACUACGAGGUCAUGUUCCACGUCUCCACCCUGCUCCCUUACACCCCCAACAACAGGCAGCAGCUACUAAGGAAGAGGCACAUUGGAAACGACAUUGUGACGAUCAUCUUCCAGGAGCCUGGAGCACUGCCCUUCACUCCCAAGAAUAUCCGCUCACACUUUCAGCAUGUCUUCAUCAUCGUCCGAGUCCACAACCCCUGCACUGAUAAUGUCUGCUACAGUAUGGCUGUGACCAGAUCCAAAGAUGCUCCUCCUUUUGGUCCCCCCAUCCCCAGUGGAACCACAUUCCGAAAAUCUGAUGUCUUCAGAGACUUCUUGCUGGCCAAGGUGAUUAAUGCUGAGAACGCCGCACAUAAGUCUGACAAGUUCCACACCAUGGCCACUAGGACCCGCCAGGAGUACCUCAAGGACCUGGCUGAAAACUGUGUCUCCAACACACCCAUUGACUCUACUGGCAAAUUCAACCUCAUCUCCUUGACCUCCAAGAAGAAGGAGAAGACAAAAGCACGGGCAGGUGCUGAGCAGCACAGUGCAGGGGCCAUUGCCUGGAGGGUGGCGGCUCAGGACUAUGCUCAGGGGGUGGAAAUUGACUGCAUUUUGGGAAUUUCCAAUGAGUUUGUGGUGCUUCUGGACCUACGCACCAAAGAGGUGGUGUUCAACUGCUACUGUGGGGAUGUCAUUGGAUGGACCCCAGACUCCUCAACACUCAAAAUCUUCUAUGGGCGAGGGGACCACAUCUUUCUACGGGCCACAGAGGGCUCUGUGGAGGACAUAAGGGAAAUCGUGCAGAGACUGAAGGUGAUGACCAAUGGCUGGGAGACGGUGGACAUGACCCUGCGGCGGAAUGGGCUCGGACAGCUGGGCUUCCACGUGAAGUACGAUGGGACGGUGGCUGAGGUGGAGGACUACGGGUUUGCCUGGCAGGCUGGCCUCAGGCAAGGCAGCCGGCUAGUGGAGAUCUGCAAGGUGGCCGUGGUCACACUGACUCACGACCAGAUGAUCGACCUACUGCGCACCUCUGUCACUGUGAAGGUGGUCAUCAUCCCACCUUUUGACGACGGCACACCCCGGAGGGGCUGGCCGGAGACCUAUGACAUGAAUACCUCGGAGCCCAAGACCGAGCAGGACAGCAUCACCCCCGGGGGCCGGCCCCCCUACCGCAGCAAUGCUCCCUGGCAGUGGAGCGGGCCCGCAUCCCACAACUCUCUACCAGCCUCCAAGUGGGCUGCUCCCACCACCCCUGGCCAUGCUCAGUCCCUGAGCCGGCCCCCUAAGCAGACCCCCAUGGUCCCGUUCCGGGAGUCCCAGCCACUGCACAGCAAGAGGCCUGUCAGCUUCCCAGAAACCCCUUACACAGCAUCACCAGCAGGGGCCGACAGAGUCCCUCCCUACCGACAACCUUCUGGGAGCUUCUCCACCCCCGGCUCGGCCACCUACGCAAGAUACAAGCCAUCCCCAGAAAGGUAUGCAGCCGCUCCGCACCCACUGCUAUCUUUUGAUCCCCACUUCAGCCACGAUGGGACGUCCAGCGGCGACUCCUCCUCAGGCGGCCUGACCAGCCAGGAGAGCACCAUGGAGCGCCAGAAGCCAGAGCCUUUGUGGCAUGUGCCUGCCCAGGCCAGGUUCUCAGCCAUGACCGGAAGCAGCGGGAGCAAGCACGCCUCCAGGCAGGAUGCAACAGGCAAAGAUUCACCCAACAGGCAUUCCAAGGGAGAACCUCAAUACUCGAGUCAUUCCAGCAGCAAUACCCUCUCCAGCAAUGCGUCCAGUAGCCACAGUGAUGAUCGCUGGUUCGACCCCCUGGACCCCCUGGAGCCGGAUCAAGACCCCCUCUCCAAGGGCGGUUCCAGUGACAGUGGCAUUGACACCACCCUCUACACUUCCAGUCCCACCUGCAUGCCCCUGGCCAAGGCACCUAGGCCCACCAAGCUUCACAAGCCACCAGGAAAUAUGGGCCUCUGUGGUGGGGGGCGUGAUGCUGCUGGGAGGUCCCACCAUACAGACAGGCGGCGGGAGGUAUCACCCGCCCCUGUGGUUGCUGGCCAGGGCAAGAACUAUCGACCGAAACUGUACUCCUCAGGCUCCAGCACCCCUACAGGCCUGGCCGGGGGCAGCCGGGACCCACCGAGGCAGCCCAGUGACAUGGGCUCGCGGGCUGGCUACCCUGCUCAGGUUUACAAGACUGCCAGCACAGAGACUCCUCGGCCCUCACAGCUAACCCAGUCCAGCCCCUUCCAGCUCUCUGCCUCCGUCCCCAAGUCCUUCUUCUCCAAGCAGCCUGUGCGCAAUAAGCAUCCAACAGGGUGGAAGAGGACAGAUGAGCCCCCGCCACGACCACUGCCCUUCACUGACCCAAAGAAGCAGGUGGACACCAACACAAAAAACGUCUUUGGGCAGCCACGGUUGAGAGCAUCCCUCCGAGACCUGCGGUCCCCACGGAAGAACUACAAGUCCACCAUCGAGGACGACCUGAAGAAACUCAUCAUCAUGGACAACCUGGGGCCAGAGCAGGAGAGAGACACAGGACAGUCACCACAGAAGAGCCUGCAGCGGACACUAUCAGAUGAGAGCCUGUGCAGCGGGCGUCGGGAGCCCAGCUUUGCCAGCCCCACUGGUCUGGAGCCGGGCCUGCCCAGUGAUGUGCUCUUCAGCAGCACCUGCACCUUCCCCUCCAGCACGCUGCCCGCCCGCCGCCAGCACCAGCACCCCCACCCACCUGGCGGCGGCCCCAGCACUGGCCCUGCCACCAGCAACAGCUUCCCAGAGAAGAAAUGUGAGCCUGGGCACCAGGGCUGGUGUGGAAGUUACCCCAGGAUUGGGAAGUGGGGGACACUUGAGAGGGGAAGUCACCUGACGGUCAAAGACUAGAGGUCAUCAGUGUCAGGGUCAUCGGGGUAAGGGAACUAGGAUACCCAUGAGCCUUGGGGAGCCUGAUGGUGGAGCAUCAGGGGGUGUCCUGGGGGUCAUCUGGGAGUCAGGAACACCCAGGGACCAGGGUCA